GAAGACAGACGUGUGCCUUUGUGUUCUGUACUGUUUCUUAGUUUUCGUGCUUUAUAUCUCAAAUGUAAAAGUUUUCAGUGCUAUAAGGAAGUGAUUUGAAGUUGAUAAGAAGUCCAGUUGUGUUUGUUGAAGUUCCCUGGAUGAACAGUGGAAUUUAAUUCUCCCUUUAGUGAAGCCUUUGUUUCGUGAGGAGCUUGCUGAACAUGAACAUACAUGUUCUUGACUCCGCCCGUUUUGUUAAAGGCUGCUCUCCAUGCGCAGCCUCAACACAGUGCUGUGGCGAAAAAUUGAAGUGUGGGAUAUCUUUUCCUAAAAUAUUUUAUUUUUUUUGUUAGAUUGGUUUUAGUUCUGCUAGUUCGGAAAUGUUCCAGUUCGGUCGCGUUAGUUUGAGCGUUUUAUUUUGUCCGACGACGAAAGCUAUAAGUGUGUGUGUGUGUGUGUUGAUUAUGUUGCAACAAAAUUCGAUGGUUGUCAGAAAAGCAGUAAAAGUGGCAUUUGAUUUCUGUGGUGAUAUUAUCACCAUAAAAAGUGCACAAUUUCAUCGUUGGCCACAACAUAGAGCGCGAUCGUGAAGUACAUUUAGCGCAUUAGGCGUUCACCAACCACACUCGCGAUGUGAAACUUUUGCAACGAGUCGCCAUGCCUUGUUUCCAUGUACAUAUGUUUGUGUUUCUUCAUCUAUGCUCAAUGAAAGAUGUGCAGUACAUACACUGCUCGUGCUACAGUGAUCUUGUAAUACUAUCAAAAGUGAAUGGAUCGUACACAAAAACAUCGCCAGCAACAAAAAUUAAAUUAUUGCGGUUCGACAUACGGGAUGAACAGUGCGUGAACUUGCUGAGGAACAGUUUCGGAUCAGUGGAUUGUCUGGCGCAGCUAGGUUUGGGAGUGCUUGAAGAUAGCUGCGACGAGCAACCAAAAUCAUCAUCAGCAUUAGCGAAAACAACAGCGGUGACAAAAAUGUCCAGCAGCAGUCAUAAGGGAAGAAGUCCUCUGGCAAAUGUGUCUAACCAAGCACAAAGUACCGUAAAUUUCCCACACACUGGAUUGCUACAGAACGGGAACAACGAAGCGAAUCUCAGGAAAUACAUCAGCAUUCUGAACGAUGAAAGAUUUUUUCUCUAUCGGAAACGUAACACAAAACAGUUCACUGGGGAGGAUCAUUUCUCGAAGCUGUCGGAUGAAAUGAUAUUGCAGAUAUUUCGCUGGCUGCCGAAGAAAGCCUUGAUACGUUGCAGCCAGGUCUCGAAACGGUUCCUCCAGGUAUCGUUGGACGAAACCCUGUGGACUCGGUUGGAUCUGUGCUGCCGGACGUUACAAGAAGGUGCCCUUGGGCGAGUUAUUUCCAGAGGUACACUCAUCCUACGACUUGCUCAGGCACACGUAUCGUAUCCCGUGUUUUCACCGGGGACCGUCGGAAAUCGUUUCCUCACGAAGUUACAAUUUUUAGAUUUAAGUAUGUGUUCGAUCGAUCACAAGACGCUGCACGAGUUACUCUCGCACUGCAGAUCUCUUCGGAAGCUUAGUCUCGAGAAUGUGCCAUUGGAUUAUAACUGUUGUCAGGAGAUUGCUUGCAAUGAAAACAUUGAAGCACUCAAUUUGACCAUGUGCGAAGGGCUUGACACCGUCACCGUCUCGACGUUGGUUGAAAAGUUAACCAGACUGCACAGUUUGAACAUCUCCUGGACACAACUGUCGCGGGAAUCGGUGGAGGUGUUCGUAAGAAACGUGACACCUAAUCUUCUGCGACUUAAUGUGGCUGGCUGCCGGAAUACUCUCAGCGAUUCUGCUUUAGAAAAACUUGUCAAACGAUGCCCCGAUCUCCUUGAGCUGGACCUCUCGGACUGCACCCAGCUUACAUCCGAUAGCAUCAAACUUGUUUGUAAACUGCAGAAGCUAGAAUAUUUAUCGUUGUCCCGAUGCUAUAAUAUAAACGUCACCUCUUAUCUCCAACUCACCGAACUGAAUUCUCUGCUGUUUUUGGACGUGUUUGGUCUCCUAACGCCACAAGCCAUAACCAUGCUGCAGACGUCGUUUCCCAGCGUGGGAAUCAACAAAUUUAUGCACAGCUCGGUGGCAAGGCCAACCGUCGGUACUCGGCGAACCUCCAUAUGGGGGAUCAGAACAAGAGACUGAAGCUACAUUUGCUCCCAGCCUGUUGUUCGUUAAACUGUAAAAAGGGAGCUUUUCUCACAAUAGAAUAGAGCCGCGAUAUUGACGAUAGUGUUUAUUCAAUAUUUUGUUUAAUAAGAUGUUUACUUUCAUUAAACAACACACAUUAAAUAUUAAUCAUAGUAGAUGAAGAAUAAUUCCUAAACAUUUGUGGGGAUAGAUCUCAAUUGUUUGUUGUUAGCCAGUCUGUCGUUUCUCUCGUUGAGUUCUCUGAUUUGGUAUCCGCUCUGCAGCCAAUCUGAAUUUUUUCUAACCGCAAUAGACAAUGCCUAAAAAUGCAUCUAGGUUUUCGUUAGUCUUAGAUUCGAGAUAGGAUUAGCGCCGCCACCGCCGCCGCUGUGUUGGCCAGGAUCAACGUCGUCCACCUUCCGAUCGGAGGCAACCCGAAUGCUCUUGCCGCAGAGGCCGUAGAACUUCUUCGGCUUGUAGUUACGUUUGGUUGCGGCAAACUUCCAACCGAUGUGAUUGUUGCACGCGUUGCACACCUGCAAAGGUUCAAAUUGUGUUUUGAUACGAUUUUGAGAGAGUACCCAGCGCGGAAACAGAGAACAAAAAAUCUAAUGAAUUUUUCGGUUCAUGGUCACAUCAUCACCAUUAAACCGAAACUGGAAAAAGACUAUACCACUCAUAGUUAUACUGGUCUUUGACGUAAAUUUUAGUUAUCUAUUUUGUUUUGAAAAAGAAAUAAUAUAUGAAUUAUAUACCUUUGCCCCAUCACAUUUGUAUUAUUGAGAAUUUGAUCGAGGUAUCAAACUAUCAAGAUCUCUCGCAUCUAGCCUUGAGAAGGAUCAGCUAAAAGUUCAAUCUUCCAAUCAUUCGCUUAGUAAGUGAAUGCGCAACCAUUUGGCUACGAAGACCCUCCUUGAGAAUAUCGGUUGUAAUUUGUUGUUGUCUCGCAUUAUAUGUGAGGGGCUCAAAAUGAAAGGGGUGUAAGUGUCAUCAUCGAUUUCUCUAUAUCGACUCUCUCUUUUGUU